GUGCGCGCAAAAACACAUUAAACUAGUUCCACGAUGCAUCUUCUAUUUGCAACAUUAUGUCUCGUUUCAGCGGCCAGCGCUAAGGAGGACUCGUCCUCCAAGCCCGUGUACUUUUCCUUCAUCUACUCCGGAGGAGGCCCCGGCGGUUUCAACUCGUCCGGAGUCAUACCCGCCGUGGACAUUGCUCUGGAGGAGAUACAGCGAAACAAUCUCUUGCCCGGCUACAACCUGACCUACGAUGAACCCGUCGACUCAAAGUGUUCAGACGUGUUCUUCGAGGAUACAGACAGCAAUCCAGUACCAAAGAUAGCUGUGAUUGGGGCUGGCUGUUCCGCUGCAACUGAGCCAGUAGCUGAGAUCAGCCAUCACUGGAACAUUUCUCAG